AUCUAUAAGUUAAUACAUGCUACAAAAUGUUGUGAUUGCAACGUUGUGCAACGUUGCAGCAAAGUUUCUUUCUCUGAAGUGUGUUCUACAAUCUGUCAGUUAAUCAGUGACAACACGUGUGCGGCAAUUCUGCCAAAUAGUUAUUAAUAAUUUGUAUUAAAAAAUAACUGUGUUAAAUAUAUAUAUUAAAUUUGUGCAAUUUGAAACAGUAUUUUAGUGCUUGGGUAGCUCUUAAAUAAAAUCAUUUAUUGUGGAAAUGAGCUUAACCUAAAAUGUCUAUAUUUUCGCAGAGUACGAAAUAUUCGAACACUCGUGCUUCGAUAUUGAAAAAACCUAGUAGCCUAGCAAGAAGGUUAAGCCAAAUUAAUACUCAACCUAAAGUUCGAUUUGAACUGCCUCAUUCAAAGAGGGUUCAAAGUAUAUUGCUUGAUUUUGUUAAUAAAAGUUCAAACAGAGAUUAUGAAAAUUUACUAGUCUUGCUAAGAGAUGCUGAGUUAUACGAUGAUGAUUUGUCGUCUUUACUUCAAGAAGCAUCAGAAUGUAUAAGUCUAUUGAAUAGAGAUUUUCGACUGUUUGUUGAAGCUAUUCUAUGUGUUACCUGGGUCAACCGGAAUAAAACUGUAGUUGGGGCUUAUCAAACUUUUAUAGUAAACUUGGUAUCUGCCCAUAAUUAUCAUGCAAAAUAUGUGAUUGAUAAACUAGUAGCAUUGUUUAUAGCAGAUCCAAGUGAAGUAGAAUGGCCAGAUGGUAUACCUUCAGAUGAGGACUGUUUAAAGUUUGCUAACAUACAUUAUUUAUUAAAUAUUUUAUUAAUUGUUAUACCAAUGUGCAAAGAACUCUUAUUGCACUCACUAAGAAAUCAGUUUCCUUAUCACACAAAGUCUACUCACAUACAUGAGUAUUACAUUCAUAAUUUAUUAUGGAUUUUGGAGUAUCAACCCACAUUCAGGCAUGAAAUAUUACAUUUGAUAUUUUCCAAGUUAUUGAUAAUGGAUGUAAAUGCGCCUAAGGAAGAAAUAAACAAAGUCAUGAAUUCAGAUUCAAAUGAAAUAUUUCAAAUGGAAGAAGACACUUGCUCUGUAAAAACAACAUCCAGUUGCCACAAUAUUGCUCACACCCUUGACAUUUGUAUGGAUAAAAUGUUCAAUUACAUUAUCCAAGAAUGUCAUAAUCCAGAUGGAUCUGUUCGAUGGGAGCAAACAAAAGCUUUGUACCAAGAUAUGAUUUCAAUUUUUGAUAAAGUUAUUCUUCCUACAUAUAAUACUCAUCAUGUACAGUUUGUAAUGUUUGUCUUGUGCAGUAUUAAAUCUUCAUUGACUGAAGCAUUCUUAAACUAUCUGUGGAAGAAAGUGUGUAAUCCUAGUGUUGCUUCUGUGAUACGGCAGGCUUCUGUUAAUUAUUUAGCAAGUUUAAUUGCUAGAGCUAAAUAUGUACCUUUUUCGAUGUUAAAAGGAACUUUGCAAGAAAUGGCAGAAUGGAUUCAUGUUUAUAUCUCAUCUCAAGAUGGUUUGGAAUAUAUUAAUUCCGACGUACGAGUUCAUUAUGUAUUCUACAGUGUUUGUCAGGCUCUGUUCUAUGUUGUGGUCUUUAGGAAGAAAGAUCUUGUUCAAACAAAGAAAGAUAUUGUUUUUCUAGACAGUUUAAAUAUGGCUAAAAUGGUGACGUGUCGUUUAAAUCCCUUAAGAGUAUGCCAACCUGCAGUUGUUCAAAACUUCGCUGCUUUAACAAGAAAAUACCAACUAGCAUAUUGUUAUACUGUUAUGGAACAAAACUCCAGAAAUACACUACCAACAAUUUAUCAAGAUGAAAAGGGUGCAGUGGUCAUGUCCAAAAGCACUUUGGACGCGUUUUAUCCAUUUGAUCCAUAUAUUUUAGAAAGAUCAAGUCAAAAAAUUCAGAUUUUAUACAAAGAAUACAAAGAGAAAAGGAAGAGAAAUGAUACUGAGAAAAUGGAUGUUGUUGAAGACGUUGAUGAUUUUUUAUAUCAAGAAAACCCUCAGUCAAAUUCUUUCAAGUUUUCAUAUGGUAGUUCACCAGGGUUUAAAUUUAAGGGAUAAUUAUUUAUUUAAUUUUAUUUACUGUGAUUACAUUUCAUAAGAAUAUGAAGUUUAUUUUUGUUAACUUUGUAAUGUUGAGAUGUUUGUGUUAAAUAUUGGGAAUACAUAAUACUGAAGUAA